AUGGCUCACUUCAAUCAGGAAGAGGGGGAAGCUAUAUGUAAUAUACCUUUAAGUCGAAGGCAAGUCUCUGACUCUGUUUAUUGGAAGCAUAAUAAGGAUGGCAUUUUCACAGUGAAGUUAGCUUACAAGGUUGCAAGAGCUCAGUUAAAGAAGGUGGAUUGGGCUGAAUCAUCAUCAGGUAGUGGAGGUAGUAAGGUGUGGGCUGCUAUAUGGAAGCUACAGAUCCCCAACAAGAUAAAGGUGUUUGGGUGGAGGGCGUGUCAUGAUAUUCUCCCUACUAGAAGGAACCUCAAGAAGAAACGGAUUUUGUUGGAUGAUGAUGUUUGGCAUGGUAGUGUAAGGGCUUUGCAGAAGUGUGGGACGGGCCAAAUUGAUUUUGUAGCUCUAUUGGAGUAUCUGCUGGAUCGGCUGGACAAAACAAAGGUGGAGCUGUGGUUAGUGCAGGCAUGGCUGAUUUGGAACCAGCGGAACAGAGUAAUGCAUGGAGGCAAAUUAAUGGAAUUGAGCUGCUUGAAUAGGCGUGCAACUGAGUUGCUUGAGGAGUUCCAGCAGUCACAAGUCAGUUUACAUGCGGAUGUGGCGGUAGGUGCGACUCAGCAGGCUGUGUACAAGCUCAACUAUGAUGCAGCGGUGUUUGAGGAUUCUGCUAGUUCUGGGUUCGGUGCUGUGAUCAGAAACUCUACUGGAGAAGUUAUGGUUGCGAUGACAGUUAAGGGCCCGGCAGUCCAGGGAAGUGAUAUGGCUGAACUACUCGCAUGUCGUAAAGCGCUAGAAUUCGCCAUUGAUGCUGGUUUCACGAUGCUUAUAGUGGAAGGGGACAGUGUCAAUGCUACAAGGUGGAUUGCUUCAAGUACAGAUAACCAGUCAGCUAUUGGACAUGUUGUUGGAGACAUCCGGCAUCUGAUAGGAGCUUUGGAAUGGGCUUCUGUGAGUUACAUUAAGAGAAAUGGUAAUAGGGUAGCACAUGUGCUUGCUAGGUAUGCCCAAAAUGUUAAUGUUGAUUUAUUUUGGAUGGAAGAGGUUCCAUCAGUUGCUGUUGAGUAUGUAAACACUGAUGCUUCCUUGAUUUAA